AUGGCGAGCGAGCUGUUGCCGGCGGUGCUGUUGAUCUCCGUGGCGUCAUUGGCCGGACUGGCCGCCGGAGCGCGCGCAAGCGGCGUCGCGAUCUACUGGGGCCAGAACGGCAACGAAGGCACGCUGGCGCAGACGUGCGCGAGCGGCAACUACAAGUUCGUCAACGUGGCCUUCCUGUACACCUUCGGCAAGGGACAGACGCCGCUGCUGAACCUGGCGGGCCACUGCGACCCGGCGUCCGACGGCUGUACGGGCGUGGGCGCCGACGUCAGGUCCUGCCAGCGCCUCGGCAUCAAGGUCAUGCUCUCCAUCGGCGGCGGCGGCGGCAGCUACGGCCUCUCGUCCCGCGCGGACGCCAGGCUUGUCGCGAGGUACCUCUGGGAGAACUACCUCGGCGGCACGUCGGCGUCGAGGCCCCUCGGCGACGCGGUGCUCGACGGCGUCGACUUCGACAUCGAGAGCGGCGGGAGCGCGCACUGGGACGAGCUGGCGCGGAGCUGA